AUGUCUACACCCUUAGAGCAGCUGCAGCCACCACCUACAGGAGCGAGCCAACAAGCCGACACGGCCAAUACGAGCCACGGGUCCGUCGGACCCGUCAUAGCCGUACUGGCAGUGAUCACUAUCCUCGGAGUCAUAGCUGGCAUGAUAGGUCGAUUAUGUUCGGGUAGACCCAUCAUGGGCCAUGUUCACUACGAUUUUGAAGGUUGGGUCGAGAGGAAAUGCUCUUCUUGCAUCAACGGCUCGAUGGAACCGCCUCCGCCGCGGCCUGCGACGGUGCCUGCGGAGGAGACACACCAAGAGAUCAAAGAAGAAGAAGAGCAUGGAGAAGCUCAAGUUGAAGGACAAAGGCAACAGGGAAGUAGCAGUAAUUCUUGA